GUUUUUCUGUCGUAUUUGCGUUUAGUGUGGGCGCCAAUCUUAGUUAUUCUCCUUUAGGGUUUCAUCUUUUCAAUUCAAUUAUUGAUGAGUUCAAUUAUUUUCCCCCUUUAUCCGUAAAAUUCCUGGGUUUUUGAAUUUCAAAUCUAAUCAUUGUUUGGGUAUAAAUAUGUGUUGUGUGUACACCUCUAAUCAUCAAAAUCUCUAUCUCACCUGAAAUACAACCCGAUUUAAUCAUUAUGGCCAAAGUUUGUAAGAAGUUUGACAGUGUUUCUGAGAUUUUACCAAACAAGGAUUGUGUUCGAAUCAAGGUGCGUGUUCUUCGUAUCUGGAAGACGUCUUCGUUCCUUAAUCCUUCUGAAGUCAAUUCAAUUGAGAUGGUUUUGGUUGAUGAAAAGGGUGGAAAGAUUCAUGCCUCUAUUAGGAAGCAGUUUUUAUAUAUGUUUGAGUCUAAAAUUGAAGAAGGACAAGUGUAUCAGAUGUCCUAUUUUUCUGUUGUUCCUCAGACUGGUUUCUACAGAACUACUCUACAUCCAUACAAGCUAUUAUUCCAAAUUAAGACAAAGGUUGUUGCUGUUAAGAGCUCUGAUAUAUCUCAUCAUGGUCUCACAUUGACAAGUUUGGCUGAAGUUUGUAGUCAUGUCCAUGAUUAUGAAUUUUUAGUUGAUGUUAUGGGUUUGUUAUCUGGAAUUUCUGCUGAGAGGGAAUAUGUUAGGGAUGGAAAUGUUACAAAGAUGGUUGUGUUGGAGUUGACUGAUACUAGUGGGAAAUGUGAAUGUGCUUUGUUUGGGGAUUAUGUUGAUGAGUUAAACAAGAAACUGGGCAAGACAUCUGGUGGUCUCCCUGUGGUCGUAAUUCAGUUUGCAAAGGUUAAGAUAUUUAGAGACCAAGCAUCCAUUCAAAAUGUCAUCAACACUACAAAGAUUUUUGUGAAUCCUGAUAUCCCUAAAGCUGAUGCAUUUAAGGAUAGGUUUGCUUAG